UGAGGAGGAAGCUAAGGGCAGGGGAAGAGACGCUGAGCUGGGAGCAGCGGGGCCUGAGUUUACUCCGUUUCAUAUCUAACCGGCUCUCAAACAUUGGGCAAAUCACUAAACCUCGGGCUCCUUUCCCACAUCUGUCAAGUAAAGGAUUAGGCUUAGUGACCUCUGGCUCUAAAAUUAGGAAUCUAGGGGGCCAGCCCCAUGGCCGAGUGGUUAAGUUCACGCGCUCUACUUUGAUGGCCCAGGGUUUCACCAGUUCCAAUCCUGGGAGCAGACAUGGCACCACUCAUCAAACCUUGCUGAAGUGGCAUCCCACAUGCCCUAACUAGAAGGACCCACAACUAAAAAUACACAACUAUGUACUGGGGGGCUUUGGGAGAAAAAGGAAAAAUAAAAAAUCUUAAAAUUAGGAGUCUAGAUUUAUAGAGGAUCAAAGAAAAGGGAAGAGUCUGACCUUUAGGUGAGGUUCGCAGAGGAGAGAAUAUUCUGAUGAGGCUGCAGCAGGUGGAGAGCAGGGUUUUGCCCAGUUGACCCUUAUGGAAUGGGGGAUGGGCUCCUUCCCGAGAACAGAGUUGGGGUCAGGCAGGAAGGGGCUCCCUGAGGGUGGUGGGAUGGUGGGAAAAUGCACCUGCCCAGGUCUCAAGAGUCUCCCAGACACCAACAGUGAUGCUCCCCAUAUUGGGUCAUUGGAAGUAUUCAUGUGUUCUCCGGCUGGCACCUGGGAUGUCGCCGUGCUCAUACUCUUUAUUGCUGCCGAACUCUGAUCUGAACGAUGCCUUGUGGGUUUCUGCCUCUCCUGUCCUGCAGUGCUCUGCUUUCCAGCUUGCUAAUUUCUACACAGCCUCCAGGCUUCCUGCCACACAGUGAUCUAAGCCCCUGGCUUUUGGACCUCGCUUGAUAAUCAAAUGCUUCUCUUAGGAGGUAGUUGGUGUGAAGGCCUUAUCUGCCCAACUAGUUUGUAAGUUCUUAAAGAGCGUGGGGCAUUUGUGUCCUCCCGGGGCCAUGCCAAGUGCCUGGCACACUGGGUUCAGUAAAGUGUUAUUAGGGAAGGCAUGCCAUGUGUUCAUACCAACUGCAGAUUUUCAUCCCCCAAUAUCCCUAAUUUCCGUUAAACGCGUGUUUGAGACUGGCCUUGCUUUGGUUCCUGAUCCCACCCCAGCCUUGGUCACAGUGAUUUGGCAUUGCCCACUUCCUUUAAGCUUCUGCCACCUCCCUAUAUAAUGAAACUCUCAAAAAAGCUUGCUUUGUGAAAUAGCACUUUUUUCCCCAAACUACCCCCUCCAUCUUUGUAGAUGUUUUUAGUCCAGCAUCCAAGCUUUUCAUUUAUUUUAAGGAUUCCAAUCCUUUCCCCAUUUUACAGGCGAAUUCAGAAAUCUAAUAGGAGAGCUUUAAUUCCCUUCCAGGAAGAAUAGGGCAGGGAUUAAUGGUGAGCACCCUCUGCGUGCCCUUCCAGGAUGCGAGGACAGGCUUAGAUGGGACGUGAACCCUGGCCUGUGUGACACCAAAUUCAGGUCACGCUUUGUCAGGCUGCACUGCCUUCUUCCAGCCUCAGUCUGUGGUUCUCUUACCUGGUUGGUUGGGUUUUGUCCCCACAUGGCUUUCCUUCUGGCCCUUGGCCACUUCACCUGACCUCUAAAACUGACCUUUUUGAGUGUGUGAUAAGGAGACUUGUAUACUGAGGGCUGGUGCAGCUGCUUGAGGCUCUUUCUAACCUGCUUAACAUGUCUCAUAGGAAUUAAUACUAUUCCCAGUGAUGCCCAACCUCUCAUGAGGUGGUAAAUCUUAAAGUCAGCAUCUGGCCCGAAGUGCCUCAGACCCUUUCUUGGUUGGUAAUGGAUUGGAGAGUGUAUCACCCUGUUACAGAGAGUUGGGGUCAUUUUUCAUGAUUCCCUGGUUCUCGCCCACCCUGAGUCUAUGGACCAUUUUUCUGUCUGCUCGGUGCCUGGAAAUUUCCUGUAAUUCACCCCUCUUGGCUUGGCUUUCUUUACCUGGAGAAGCUUAGUGUCAUUUUUACGCUUGGGGAGUUCACUGUUCUCCACCUUCCAGAUUUGUUUUUUAAUUAGGAAACUACAAAGAAUAACAAGUACCCAUGUACUUUCCACUCAAGUUUAAUAAAUGUCAGCAUUUUGUUAUCAUGUCAAGCUUUUUAAUCCAAGAAAAAAAAUUACAGAUAAGUUGGAAGCCCAUCUGGUUCCUUUCCCAGGCCCGUCCCGUUCCUCCCUAGGGGCGGCCACUCUGAUGAAGUCAGUGGGUAGCCUUCCAGGUUACAUUUUUAUACUUUUGCUGCAAAAUGUAGUAUUGUUUUGAGUUUUUAAACCCUUGUAAAUGCUGGGUCACAUGAAUGUCACUUGUGCCUUUCACUCAGUGUUGGUUUGGGGAUCUAAGUUUGAUACCGUACCCAGAGCUCUUCCCGGCACUGAGAAGACCACUGAAUAAACCAGACUCCUUUCCUUGUGGAGUUUUCAUUCCCGGGGGCAUUGGAGGCAUAUGUGGUAUGAAUGGACCACAGUUUCUUUAGCCAUUCCCCGACUGGUGGGCUUGGGUUCACUAUAAGAAACAGUGUGGCAGGGGACAUCUCUGUGUGUCUCUUGGUACUUCUGUACUGUGUACACAGUUUGCAAACUUCUAAAAGGGCCAAUGGUACAUUUUUUAGGCUUGUAAGCCAUAUGGUCUGCCACAACUACUCAUUUCUGCCCUUCUUGAGAGCAGCUAUAAACAGUAUGUAAACAAAUUUUUUAUGAACACUGGGGGUUAUUUCAUAUGAUUUUUACAUGUGAAAUACUUUUGAUUUUUUUCCAGCCAAUUAAAAAUUUAAAACCUAUUCCUUAACUCAAGGUGUACAUAUCUUGGCCCACAGGCCAAGUCUGCAACAAGUGAGUUACUCUAGAGCCUUUAUAAAGAUGCUCCAGGCCCAGUACCAGAUGAAAACAGGAAGCGUGAGGGGAAGUUGCUGACCAGUUCUGGCCAUUGAGAAAUACCUGGAAAAGCCCUUAGGAAGCUGGAAGGAUGAAUAACAGCUGGGGGGGGUCUCUGGAGCCAGGCCCUUUGCCAGAAGAUCAUUUAGGUCUAGCUCAGCCCGUGUGUGUCAUGACUGGGAACGCUCUCUACUUGAUCUUUACUCUCGCAAGGGUGGGGCUGAAGUCUGGAUUGAGCCAUUAUCAAGAAGUACAGCUAUCUGAACAGGAAGGCACUGUAAUGGGAAUGGAGGGGCUUGAGAGACCUGACUGCAAAUCCUGCCUGGCUCCACCACUCACGGUUCUGGGAUCUUGGGCAAAGCCCUUCACUUCUCUGAGACCGUCCCUUGUCUAUAAUGGGAUUAAUCCACACCCUACCACUUGGUUGAUAGGAUGAAAUGACAAAAGUGUAAUGGAAAGUGGCUGACAUGUAAGAGGUGCCCAAUAAUUGCCCACAUUCAGAUUUUCUCCCUGUGGCGUGGAUGCCAGAACACCUCCCAGAAUAGGAGCUCACUUCCUCUGGAAGCAGCCUACUCCAUCUUGAGCUGAACACUGGCUGGCUGUGGCUUCCUUUCCAUGUGCUGCUUCUAGCCCUUGAGACCAUGCAACAAUCCCCUCCUCCUUUUCCCCAACAAUUUGCUUUCUUGAAAUCAUGAUCUUGAGUCCUUUCACCAUUCUGGCCAACCUUGUUAGAAUUAACGUAUUUUCUGAACCAAACAUCUGACAGACUUGGACUGUAGUUGAAGAUAAAAGCUUGGAUCUAGAGCUGGCCCGGUCACAGGUGAGGAAGGCGGAACAUUGGUCAAGAGAUCUGAUGGUUAAGAGUUUAAGACUUUGGCACAGGGCAGACCUUGGUUCUGCUAUGUGGGCCAGUUACUUAACCUCUCCGAGGUCAGGUUCACCUUCUGCAAAAGGGGAAAUGCUUCUACUACCUUCCUCAUAGGCUUAUUGAAAGGAAUGCAUUCCAUACUGUACAGAGAGUGCUCGGCACGAUGUCUGGGGCAGGCUGGCUUCUCUGGAGGUUCCUUGGGGGAGGGUAAAGGUGCAUGUUUGCGAAUGUGAAUCUUCUGCCCUCUUCAGUUCUGUUAAACCCACCCCUCUACUCCCGUGGAGCUGGGCACAGUGCUGGGCUCAGUCAGUGUGUGGUGGCCAAUUGCUUAGCCUGAGGGUGGAGUAGGAGGUCAAUGCCUCUGGGCAGGACAGGGGACCAGAGGCAAGAUGUGGAACGGACCAGCAGGUGAAGUCCCUGUCAGCAGUGGCCACCAGAGGGCGCCCCUGCUUCAGAAUGGCCUAGCCCAUCCAGACACACCCACUCCUCCAAAGAGGUCUCUGUUCCUUGGCACGUUGUGGGGUAAAUUGGGACAGAAAGUGACAGCUUUGUGCGGUCUGUCAGACUGCCCUGGGCAGGCCUCAUGGCCUGUGGAAAACUCUCAGGCCCGAGGCAGAGGCCCGCGUAUAACUCUGACUCUACUACCCAUGACCUUGGGCCAGGCACUUCCUUCUUUGGCCCAGUUCACAGAGUUGGAACAGACUCCAAGGUCCCUUCCAGCACUAACUUUGCAUGGUUCUAGGAUUCAAGGCCAGGGCAGUUUCUUCUUCCUCACCCCUGGCCCUUCUCCACCUCAGGGCAGCACAUAACACUCUGGCUGGCAGUGAACCUGGCCAGGAAGCCGCGUGUUCCACACCCCCAACUCCAAAGCGCUGGGACACUGUUGGGGGAAGGGGUAGUGCGGGAGGGGGAAGAAGGGAAAGGUCAGGUGAACCAAGAGCCUCGAAGGGUCUUGCUUCAUUCGGGACAGACAUCCGGUUUCCUCUGAUCUCUGCCAGGAUUCCGGGGGCUUAAAGUUAGGAAUGAGUCAUGGGGGGAUUGGGGAGUUCCCAGCUAACCAGUUUGGAACAGGAACCUGGGAUGGUGCCUAUCAAAGCUUAGGGUGGGGACAGGAGGCAUACCACAAUGUCCCUAUCUCAGGCCCCUGGCCCUGCAGGAGGGGACUCAGGAAACCAGCCUCCUGGGAGUUUGAGGGGUAGGAAUGGGGGCAACUAUCUCCUUCCCUCUCAGAACUGGGGGACGCCUAGGGAGCAGGUGGCGUGAGGAUCCCAAGAGAGAGUGCUAAAGGGGGCUGCCCCAGCAGCUCUGCCAGGGGAGGGUGGGGGCCGCCUGGGGAUCUGCCUCUUCCCCGGUCAGUCUGACCAGCCUCCAGCCUCCAUGGCUUGUAUCAGAGGCUCAGCUCGAGUUCAGCAGUUCUGUUCAAACACCCUGGGGCAAUUCAGGCCUGGGUGGGGCUGAGGGAAGGAAGGGAGUUUGAGGGGGACAAGACGUCAAAGAAAAAUCAGAGAUUCCAUAAUUUCACAAAACUUUCGCAAACAGCUUUUUGUUUCAACCCCCUGCGUUGUCCUGGACACCAAAUUUGCAUAAAUCCUGGGAAGUUAUUACUAAGUCUUAGUCGCAGCACCAGGUAAUUUCCUCCCAGGCCUCCAUGGGCUUAUGUAUAAAGGCCUCUGGAGCUGUUCCCUGACAGAGCCUGACAGAGCCUGCAGAUCCACCCAGACCCUCUGCUGAGCCUGCUGCCCAGAACCCCAUGGAGCUGAUGGUCCUGCAGCUGCUGCUCUGGCACAGUGCACUCUGGAUGGUGCAAGAAGCCACCCCCCUAGGCUCUGCCAGCUCCCUGCCCCAGAGCUUCCUGCUCAAGUGCUUAGAGCAAGUGAGGAAGAUCCAGGCCGAUGGUGCAGCGCUGCAGGAGAGGCUGUGUGCCACCCACAAGCUGUGCCACCCUCAGGAGCUCAUGCUGCUGGGACACUCUCUGGGCAUCCCCCAGCCUCUCCUGAGCAGCUGCUCCAGCCAGGCCCUGCAGCUGACGGGCUGCCUGAGCCAACUCCACAGUGGCCUCCUCCUCUACCAGGGUCUCCUGCAGGCCCUGGCAGGGAUCUCCCCCGAAUUAGCCCCCACCUUGGACAUGCUGCAGCUGGACGUCACCGACUUUGCCACCAACAUCUGGCAGCAGAUGGAAGACCUAGGGGUGGCCCCUGUGGUGCAGCCCACCCAUGGCCCCAUGCCGACCUUCGCCUCGGCCUUCCAGCGCCGGGCAGGAGGGGUGCUGGUUGCCUCCAACCUGCAGCGCUUCCUGGAGCUGGCGUACCGCGGUCUGCGCUACCUGGCCGAGCCCUGAGCAAAACCCUCCCCAUCCGCUGUAUUUAUCUCUAUUUAAUAUUUAUGCUUAUUUAAACUUACUAUUUAAAAACAGGGAAGAGUGGAAAGAAGCCCCAGAGCCCUGGGUGCUUCCCUCCACUUUCAAGUUUCAUUCUCCUGCCUGUAGCAGGGAGAAAAAGCUCCUGUCUUCCUGUCCCCCGGACUGGGAGGUAGAUAGGUAAAUACCAAGUAUUAAUUCCUGUGACUGCUCCCUGGCCCGGCUCUGUGGUGGGCACUGGGAAGAGCCUCAGUGGACCCCCUACCCUGAGGGUACCCACCUUGGGGCCCUUGGAAGCAUCGGGAAGUCUCCCACGUGGGAGACAAGACAGGCCUGUUUAAUAUUUAAACAGCAGUGUUUCCCAACUGGGUCCUCGUAUCCCUCGCUCUGGCCUCAACUCGGCUUGCGCAUGCCAGGCUGGCCAGGCCUUGCUUCCCCUCACGUCCCCUUCCCCAUGGACACUUAGCCCAGCAGAGGCAGCCAGAGCUGGAGUCUUGACCACCCUGGGGUCCCACAAAUUUGCUGGGGAAUUUAAGAUUUUGGGGGCAUGUUUGACUCCCAGCAGGGAAGCCCAGGCAUCACUGAUUCUCUCUUUUUUCUGGAUGCCCUACAGAGACACUGGCAAGCUUGUGAUACCUGCCCCACCCCACCAGGGUCAGAAUUCUGACUCCUUUUAGGGCUGGGCAGAUGGUCAUCUGUCUGCCUUGCUGGACAGGGAUUGGGAAUGUGGGAGGGAAAAGACGAGGGGGAAUUAUGUGACAUGUGACGGGGUGUGUGAGAGGGAAGCUCAACUGUUCACUCUCUACUUCUGCCCCCACUUUCUCAUUGUAGCCAAA